CGUGAGUAAAUAAAUAAAAUAAUUGUGUUGAAUAUUUUUUUUUCGAAACGAUUCUUGCCGAAACAACAAGAUCCGUGCCGGGCAAAUGUGGACGGUCGAAUAAAUAGAAAAAAAAAGGGGGGAACAAUCGACUCCAAUUUCGCGUGGCGUGUGGAAACGCUACCAUGCUUCGCGGCAAGGGCAAGAGCAGGUCGGAGAACAACGAGAACAGCGAGGGAACGGACGGGAAGCAGCGGAGACCGAAGUGCGCCCGUUGCCGGAACCACGGCCUCAUCUCGUGGCUGCGGGGUCACAAGCGGGAGUGCCGUUACCGGGAAUGCCUGUGCCCGAAAUGCUCCCUGAUCGCCGAACGGCAGCGAGUGAUGGCCGCGCAGGUUGCUCUGAAGAGACAACAGGCAGCCGAAGACGCGAUCGCUCUUAAAAUGGCAAAGGUGGCCACCGGACAGAAGCUCGAUCGACUUCCGCCGGGCAAGAUCUUCGGAAUGUCCGUGACCGAGCCGAAAUCGGUGACACAAAAUGAAGAUGCGGCACCCGCCAUGAAGAAACUAGAUGGAAUUUCCGAGGAUUCAAAGGAUCUUCCACGUGUGUCGACCGACGACGCCUUACCCGCUCGUGUCCAAAACUGUCCCGACAGCUUGGAAACCAUUUCGAGACCCAGAAGCCUCCUCUUCGACGCCGGCAAGCUGGAGGGCGUCAGGGAGACCAGCCUGGUGUCUCAGACCUCCGUGGAGACUCUGGCCCGCCUAUUCCCGAACACCAAGCUGUCGGUUCUGCAACUGGUGCUGCAACGCUGCGGCCAGGACCUGCUGAAGGCAAUCGAGUACUUCGCGAGCGACAGCCUGGGCAUCGCUGAGCCGGCGAUGUCGACCAGCAUCGGUCACGCGUCCUCGGCCUUCCGGCCGCCACAGACGCUCGUCGACAGCGGCGCGGGGGAGCAGCAGCAGCAGCCGCAGCAACCGAUCCCCGGCACGAUGCUGGCGCCCAUCUACACCAGCCUGUCCAGAAACGUCUACGGGGACGCGGGUUACUGCCUGCUGAACAUCGUGCCGACCGAGCCGUUCGCCAAGGGCACCGACCUGCCGAUCGCGAAAACCGCGGCCGAUCAGGAGACCGUCGCUCUCAAUUUUCGCUACAACAAUUACUUCACCACCGGUAUGCAGCAGCAGUUGAGGGAUGCCCACGUGUGCGCCCAAGUGGCGGCGGAUCGCCUGUCGGCCGCCAGAUCGGCGGGCAUACUUCAUCAUCUGCCGCCGGCCGUGCUGCCGAGCCUCCCUUGCGUACAGCCCAAUUGCACGCAAUGCAACUACAAGUUCACCUGA